GGUGAAUGGAUUGAGCAUCAACCACUUAUUACUCAUGUCCGCAACGAUGCAAUUGUGACCUGUGCGAGAAUCUCGUUGGUAUCCGGCAUUUUGAGAACCUUUCAUUCCGCAGCAUGGCGUCGCGGGCUUUGACGACACCAGACAUUGCAUACUAUCAUUCCACCGCCAGCGCGCCGAGCUUGCGUGCCAGAGAGCCUGUUGACCAUAUGGAGCGUCCUUUCACACCUAUCGAUGGGGAUGGCGGAAAUGUCAAAGUGGUGGUGCGGGUGAGGAAGUUCUUACAAAGAGAGCUUGACAAAAAUUCACCAUGUCUUGUUCAUAUGGACCCGGUAUCACAACGAACGCGACUCUCCCCACCCGAUAUCGAUCAUGGUGACUCCAAUUCAAGAAGUCGACAGCACGAGGAAAAGAACUUUAUAUUCGACCACUCGUUCUGGUCACAUCGAGAAUCAGAUCCACACUACGCGCAUCAGAGAGAUGUAUACGCUUCCUUUGGCGAAGAGUUCUUGGACCACAACUUCGAUGGCUACCACACCUGCAUUUUCGCAUAUGGCCAGACAGGCAGUGGCAAAUCAUACACGAUGAUGGGAACACCGGAUCAGCCUGGCUUGAUCCCACGGACCUGUCAGGGCUUGUUUGAGCGGAUCGAGGGCGAACAGAACAGCAGUAUAACAUACGGCGUUCAUGUCUCGUACUUCGAGAUCUACAACGAACAUGUCAAAGAUCUCUUCACCCCCAAAACAAAUCCACCCACAUACCUCAAGAUCAGAGAAAGCAAGACAGAUGGUGUCUAUGUGCAGAAUCUGACCGAUGAGCCGGUCAAAAGUUUCGAGGACAUCGAGCGACUCAUGAGGAUAGGUGACAUGAAUCGGACGACCGCCAGCACCAAGAUGAACGACACCUCGUCGCGCUCACAUGCUGUCUUCACCCUCACCCUCAAGCAGAUCCAGCACGAUAUCACAACGGAUAGCACAAUCGAACGACUAGCCCGCAUGCGCUUGGUCGACCUGGCAGGUUCUGAGCGCGCUGUACGCACAGAGGCCACUGGUCAACGCCUUCGCGAGGGAGCCAACAUCAACCAAUCUCUUACAACACUCGGCCGAGUAAUUGCCGCGUUAGCAGAUCCGAAAAGACAACGUGCAAUUCGCGCUGCUGGGUCGCAAAAUUCAUGCAAGCGUCGGAUUGAGGUAGUGCCUUAUCGGGACAGUGUCCUGACUUGGCUGUUGAAGGACUCCCUCGGAGGCAACAGUAAAACGGCAAUGGUAGCCUGCAUCUCUCCCGCAGACUAUGAGGAGACUCUCUCGACACUCCGCUACGCCGACCAAGCGAAGCGUAUCCGUACCAAGGCACACGUCAACCAAGAUGCAGUCAGCGCAGCCGAGCGCGACGCCAAAAUUCUUGAGAUGCAAGAAACAAUCAAAUCACUACAACUUUCUGUCAAUGCGGCAGCACUGCGGAAACGCGAUGAAGCAGAUCGUGCCAGAGACGAGCUCGAGGACUACCAGCGUCAAGUCAGCAAGAUGCAACGGGCAAUGGAGGAAUCUCGAGUGGUGUCCGAAGUCAAGAUCCGUGCUCUUACACAGGAGGUGGACGAAUUGCGACCACAGAACGAGGCGUUACGCGUGGAGAUCGAAGCGCUCAGGCGCCACUUGGCGCUGGCAGUCAGCGAGCUGAAGAACCCGAUCGUAAUUCCUAAGGAGCUUGUCAGUCGCGAUUCUCUGUCGCCAUCAGAACAGCUCGACGCCGAGGACGACGACCAUGAUAGCGGCAUGGGCGAAGAUGACGGCGAUUCGGUAGUGAGUGGAGAAGGUGGAUUCGAGCAUGACGCAUGGCAGGCUGAAGUCGACGAGCUAUUGAAGGAAGUGGGCCUGUUCAAAAGGAAAGUCGCAGAUGACAAGGCGCGGUUUCCGCAUCUGCCAGAUGGAUACGGGACGCUGUCUGGAACUCCCUAGUUGUGGUGAUCAAUCGUCGAUGAUGGCUUGCUCGGGCAUUACGAGAUACGCAUUGCCUUUUCAUAUAUCAAAAGAGCUCGACUGCCCAUUGUGUUGCAUGUGCUGGCGAAAAGCACGUUCUCGUGCAUAUCUACCAGUGCAAUCCAUGACUAACUAUGGUAAACCUAAUUCUGAUAUCAUGAACGAUAUGUGACCUAAAUGAUAAUGCGUAAUUGUGAAUGCAGAAUUAUUUUGGAAGUGUUUCGUUCCAUGUGUAAUGUACAAGAGGUGCAACACUCACAACCAUUCCCAGAUAGCCUCGUAGUUUUCGUUGAAUCC